CCAAGUCCCUCCUCUCACGGAAGAAAAAAAUCUAGAGACUUUGAAGCAAGUCCUGAGGUGAAUUUGCAGAGUUCAUACUGCAGUCUGUAUGGUCUGUAUUUACUGUAUGCAUUAGCUGGUCGCUUCGAGUCUUUAACCGGAAUUGAAAACGACGUUUUGCCAUGUCUGUGCCUUUAUCGUUCGAUGGGAAAGUAGUAAUAGUCACUGGUGCUGGAGGAGGGCUUGGCCGGGAAUAUGCUUUGGCUUUUGCAGAAAGAGGAGCUUCUGUGGUUGUGAAUGACCUUGGAGGGGACAUCAAGGGAGGAGGGAAGAGCUCGGCUGCAGCUGAUAAAGUAGUGGAAGAGAUCAAGGCCAAAGGCGGGAAGGCAGUGGCCAACUAUGAAUCCGUAGAGGAUGGAGAGAAGCUGAUUCAGACUGCAUUGGAUGCCUUUGGUCGAAUAGAUGUUGUCAUAAACAAUGCAGGGAUUCUGCGAGACAGAUCGUUUGGCAGAACCAGUGACUUGGAUUGGGACCUCAUCCACAAAGUCCACCUGAGAGGGUCGUUCCAGGUGACACGGGCUGCGUGGGACCACAUGAAGAAGCAGAAGUUUGGCAGGAUCAUUAUGACGUCGUCUGCCGCCGGCAUCUACGGCAACUUUGGCCAGGCCAACUACAGCGCCGCCAAGCUGGGCAUGCUGGGCCUGUCCAACACGCUGGCCAUCGAGGGCCAGAAGUACAACAUCCACUGCAACACCAUCGCGCCCACGGCCGGCUCCCGCCUCACUGAGACCGUCAUGCCCCCAGAUCUGCUGGAGUCUCUGAAGGCAGAGUACGUGGCCCCCCUCGUUCUGUGGCUGUGUCACCCUGACUGCCAAGAGAAUGGAGGCUUGUUUGAGGUGGGAGCUGGCUGGAUUGGAAAAUUGCGGUGGGAGCGGACCGCGGGCGUGAUCCUGCGCAGGAAGGACCAGCCCAUCAACCCUGAGGCUGUGCGGGAUAAGUGGGAGCAGAUCUGUGACUUCACCGACGCCACCAAACCCGCCAACAUCCAGGAGUCUCUGCAGACGCUGGUGGAGGUGCUCUCCAUGGUACAGGCAGAGGACCGGGUACCAAGCCCUAUGGACGCGGUGGGGCAGACGCUUCCAGAGAUGACCUUCAGCUACUCCCACAUCCAGUGCAUCCUGUACGCCCUGGGCGUGGGCAUGUCCACUAAGGAGCCGGACCACCUCAAGUUCCUGUAUGAGAACAACGAAGACUUCAGCGUCCUCCCCACCUUUGGCGUCAUCCCCUCCCAAGCCUCCAUGUUGAGUGGGGGGCUCAGCUCUGUGCCCGGCCUCAACCUGGACAUGACCCGGUUGCUGCAUGGGGAGCAGUAUCUGGAGGUUUACAAGCCAAUCCCAGCUUCAGGGACACUCACCUCUAGAGCGUCCGUCGCUGAUGUUUUGGAUAAAGGAUCGGGGGCAGUCAUUCUGUUGGAUGUGCACACUUAUAAAGACCAGGAGCUGCUGUGCUACAACCAGUUCUCCCUCUUCAUCGUGGGAGCAGGGGGCUUUGGAGGGAAGAGAACAUCUGAUCAAGUGAAGAGUACUGUGGAUGCUCCGAACAGAGCUCCAGAUGCUGUGGUGACUGAUGAAACCUCCAGCAAUCAGGCGGCUCUCUACAGGCUAAGUGGAGAUUGGAACCCCCUCCACAUCGACCCAGAUUUCGCAGCCAUGGGAGGAUUCAAAGCACCCAUUCUGCACGGCCUGUGUUCCUUUGGCUUUGCUGCUCGACAUGUCCUGAAGCAUUUCGCCAACAAUGAUGUCUCCAGAUUCAAGGCCAUCAAGGUGCGCUUUGUUAAACCAGUGCUUCCAGGACAAAGUCUGCAGACAGAAAUGUGGAAGGAGGGCAAUAGGAUCCAUCUGCAAUGCAAGGUGAAAGAGACAGGAGCAGUGGUCUUAUCUGGGGCAUACGUGGAUCUACAUGGACCUCCAGAGGUGUCUCCCGGCACUGCUCCCAAGGCAGUGGAUCUUCAGAGUGAUCUGGUGUUUGCUGAAAUUGGGCGUCGCCUUGAAACCAUGGGAGCAGACCUGGUAAAGAAGGUCAAUGCAGUGUUCUUUUGGGAGAUUACCAAGGAUGGACAGAUCGCUUCACAAUGGGCCAUCGACCUGAAGACAGGGCCCGGUUCCCUCCUCAAGGGCCCCUACAGUGGCAAAGCUGAUGUCACCUUCACCGUGUCCGACCAGGACUUCAUGGAGGUGGUGCAGGGCAAGAUCAACCCCCAGAAGGCUUUUUUCGAUGGCAAACUGAAGAUGCGGGGGAAUAUCAUGCUGAGCCAAAAACUAGACAUCUUGCUGAAGGAUCACGCCAAGCUGUGAGGAGCUCUGUGACCUCUCCACCCCACCCCCCGUCCUGCUGUCCCACGACUCUCCAGGGGGUCGGGAGCGCAGGCUAACCCCAGCUACCAUAGAAUGGAAUCACUGAAUGCAAUGAGGUUUCUGAGAAUCAAAUCACACGGACAUAGAGCAUGAUUCAGCAGAGCCUGUUUGAGGCCAUCAGAAAGGGUAUUCAUUUAUAUUAAUGAGUGAGUGAAAAGGUGUGUGACGGCAGUAGUCAUCACUACAACAUCUCUACAGAACAGAGUUGACUUGUCUGAAUUUGUAUUCAGCGUCCAAUCUGAUCUGUCUGAGAGGAAACUACAUCAGCCCUGACCGCAGCCUCUGAUUGCCAUGGCAUCAUUGUUUGGUACCCUCACUUGCCUCAGUUUAAUUAAUGUAGCUCCAUAAAAUGAAAGUGAAGAAUUGAAGACUAAAAUACUAAAAUCAGUGUUCUGCAUCCAUUUAACCGAUUCAGGUGUAAGGACAGGUUGACACUUUGAACUCAAUGUAGUGAUUCAGUGCCUUGUUGCCGUCUUCAUUAGUUGUAAGUCAUUCUCAGUAUUAUGUUUCACUCUUUCCGGAAACAUUUUGUAAUAAAUAUAUAUUUUUAAAUGAUUGCGUGGAAAGAUGCCGUGGUGAGUGAGCGAAACUGAAAGUGUGUGGGAGCAGGUUUCUUCAGUAUUGUUUCUGCUUUCAUCAGAGGUAGUAGUGGACUGAACACCGUGCUACCCCUUCUGAAGUAGGCUGCUGUACGAAUGUUGGCUCAUCCACUUGAAUAAGAACAGAACCAAACUGGCCUCCUCAGUCACGGACCAGAUUGUUAUGAGAUUGUAAUGACGUAACAGAGGGCAGGGAGUUGAAGAGCGCCUCUGAUGCAAGCUGUUUCUCGCAAGCUUACUGUACACACGGCUAAAGAAUGAAUCAAACUAAUAAAGGUUUUCUCCUUUCUA